GUUUAUUCGUUUAUUCGGUUUAUUGCGCAUCGCGAUGCGCUCGUCGAUCGACUAUAACCUCCAAUUCGCUCGUGUCGUCGAGUCGUCGAGUCGAGCGAGUUCGCGCACUUGACCGAUUCGCGACAAUCGCGAUCUGUGCGGAAGAGUUAUCCUUCGCGAUUUUUCACUAAAACUUGGUCCUGUCAACCACGUGACAGUUUCGUUGUUUACGGUGCGCCUCGGGAAAGGCUUAAUCGUCGCGAAAGUAUGCCCGAACGAAAGUCAAGGACGAGUUGCAUUAGCCGGAACAUAGGUUAAAGCGUUCCAUCAUAGGGAUUGUCGGUGGAAAGUCCUGAUCGAUUUGGUGCGCGAUGGACGUGGAGAAGAUUGCAAUGUUUGCCGGCGUGGGCUUCGCCAUCGCCGUCGGCCUUUUCGUUCUGUGGGGCCCGUCGCCCAAACCCAGGAAAAAAGGUCGAGUUGUUGGGAUUAACAAUUUGGGAUACACAUGUUUCCUGAAUUCUCUUUUACAAGCAUUGGCUGCUUGCCCCUCAUUUAUUUUCUGGCUUCAGAAACAACAAGAAAAGAAGGAUAGAAACUUUGCUGACACACUGCUUUCUGUUCUCAAAAAAAUUAAUGGUUUUGCGGAUGACCUAUAUGGCAAUGUGACACCUGUUGAAAUCAUCUCUUCCGUUGGAUCAUUGUGGAAUUUUGGACCCGGUUAUCAAGAUGCUCACGAGCUGUUCCACGUGGUUCUCAGUGCGUUAGAUGCUGAAAUGCAACCUGCUAAUAGGAAAGGUUGUUUGUCCGAUGCACUGCCACCAAGCCCAGUUAUAAAUCCAGACGUAAGAGGAACAGGCGAUACUCUGAAUCUCAGAAGCGCCUCUUGUAAUGACAUAGCGUCAGUGGAGAAUAAUUCCGAUAAUCCAAAGGGCUUCGACAAAAACUGCAACAAUCAGAUAAUGACCUCAACAUCGUCCAUAUCCAGUACAUCUCCAAGCACGUGCAGGCCCGGUAUGAUCCUCGCUAGAUCCUCAGAGUUGCUAUCGCGAAGCAUUCAGGGCAACGGCGACUGCACGAACCUCUUCGGAUCAUGGAAGUCUCUAUGCGCCGCCAUGUCAUUUACUAACAUUCCUUCAAUGUCAGUGGAGACACAUCCGUUCUCAGGCCUCAUCACUAGCCAAGUUCAGUGCAGCGACUGUUUCUGGAAGUCUUCAGUACGUUACGAUAAGCUUGAGACAUUAUCAUUACCAUUACCACCGCUCACUUCAUCAUUCGUACCACAGCAUCACUCUUUGGAAUGGUUACUGUCACGUUUCGUAGACAGCGAAAUUGUGCGCGAUGUACAAUGUGAUGGAUGUUCGUCGCGUUGCACCGCCAUCAAGACUCUCACCCUCGGCAAACUGCCCAAGUGUUUAUGCUUGCAUAUUCCGAGGACCACUUGGAGCUCUUCAGGCAUGCCAAUUAAAAGGGAUGAUCAGAUCACGUUCCCCGAAUUUCUGGUGCUAGAUCCGUACACUUAUACGGAGACAAAAAAAAGAAGCGCGCAGGGUGACGCAAAGUUUCUUGGUAACAGUUUCAUAACGAUACAGGGUAAACACAAGUAUCGGUUGUGCGCGGUAAUUGAACACCGCGGCCCAGUGGACUCCGGCCAUUUCGUUUGCUUCAGACGCGGAAAUAAAGCGGAUCAAUGGUUGUACACGUCUGACGUCAUUGUUGAGAGCGUGUCACUGACGCAGGUGCUGCUUGCCAGUCCGUACCUACUCUUCUAUGAACGCAUCAAUAGCGUUUAUCCUAGCUAGGAACAAAUUUUCGAAGUGAUAGGCUAUCUAUAGGAAUUACGAAAUGACGCGUCGAUUGAUAAUCGGACCGCUCUUUUUAGCCAUGCUUUCUCUCUUAUGCUUUUUGCAUUCAAAGUAAAGCAAUUAUGUAUACAACGGAAAUCUUACACAAAGAUAGAAUUGCAAGGAAUUAAAAAUAAUUGUAGGAAACACAGCUAGAAAGAACGGAGAGGAUUUGCGAAAUAUAAGAGACUGUCGAAUUUUCCAUAAUAAGUUUAAUAUCGUUCGAUGUUGCGCGAUAAUACUUUGUUAUAACGAUAAGGAAAUAAUAUAAGGCUCGAUAGAUUAAAAAUCAAACUAAAAAUUCAAUUUUGUUAUAAUAUACGACUAUGAAACGUGCGUCUCUAGGUGAUAUUUUAUAGCAGCCAUGAAAUGUAUCGAAUAUAUAAUCUAAAAUUCCGAAAUAUUUCAUUCGCGACGAAUGCGUUAAUAAUUGCCAUUAUUGGACGUUGAUAAAUUUACCGGAAUAGUAAGUUUUGUGAAAUAAAAAUUUCUUGCUUCUAUAAUACAUAGUGAUUGUAGAUUUCUACCAAAAGAGACUGUCAAUUUUUAUAGAUCAUUUGAUCAGUUCAUUAUUAUAUCUUUAUUUUAACAAGGAACUAAGAUCGUGCCAAUAACAAAUUCGUCGAAUUAAAUUUAUUAGGAGAUGAAUCGUAUUUUUUAUUACGUUUGUAUCUGAGGCUCUUUGAGCUGUUGCAUAUUUAGUGCAAUUGUUAAAACUAUUACUAUUAUUAUGUGUGAAGACUGCGAAUUUGUUAAUUUGUAUAUAUAUAUAUAUAUCGAUGAAUUUCCUUUCUCUGAUUAGCAUAAAGGAAUAUGCGAAUUACCAGAAUAAAUUUACUUUAAGAAUGUUAGAUACGUAAACAUGUAAUUUAAAGUCUUAUAAAAACUUAUUAAAGUGGAAUAAAAUUUAG